CCUCAGGCAAGAGAGACAGAGAGGAGAGGAAGCGGCGCCUGAAUCGCCAGAAUCUGACCGUGCCAGGAGCUGAUGUGCUGAAUAACAUGUCCAGUGUGCUGUGUGACAGAAGCAUCAGGCAGGAGGAGAUUAAGAAAGGACUGCAAUUUAUCCAGUCUUCACUGCCGUUUCUUGGGAGUCAGAAUGAAUACGAGAACUUUAUCCUGAUGCUUGUGAGAAACCUGUACAAUGAAGGGAAUGAUUUAUACAGAGAAGGAAACAAAAGGGACUCGGUAAAUCAGUAUUUGGAAGCCCUGAGCAUUGCUGAUUACGCAUCUUCUGAGGAUAUCUGUAUCCCCAACAAGAUAUUGGAGAGGCUUUACUUGAACCGGGCGGCCUGCUACUUAGACAUGGGUUUUCACGAGAGUGCGUUGAAUGACUGUGAAGCAGUGUUAAAAUGGAACAAUAACAACUUCAAAGCACUUUACCGGAAAUCUAAAUCUUUAUUCAUGUUGGAGCAAUACAAGGAGGCGUAUGACGCUGUAGCAAGAUGCUCCUUAACUGCCCCACAGGAUGAGAGAGUGGUGAAACUAACACAGGAUUUAGCUGUGAAGUUGGGGCUCAAAGUCAGAAAAGCUUAUGUCCGUGCUCAGUCAGCGCUGCAUAACCCUCCAGUGGAAACAGAGAAGAACGCUGACUGCUUAGCAGAGCAGAUUGAACCAGAUUUACCUGAAGUGAACUAUGACUCUCCACUGUCACCGCCGCCUCCACUAAUGUACCCCAGUGCAGAAUUAGGAACAUUUCCUUCUGCACUGGUCAGUAAUGGUACCUUCCCCGUGGUCUGCGGACGUUACUUAGAUGGAGAUGUAAUUGGGGCAGAGCUGGAUGAAAUCCUUGAUUCUGUGCCAGAACCAAGUGACAUAAACCUGUCAGGUAGUGCAGUUUCUGAUCACCUGCAGCGCAGAGCCCAGAGCUUGCCAUUCCCCAGUGCGCUACUUGAUUCGCCACCAGGUCUCUCCAGUUUUGCCUCGUCUGUGACACUAUCUGAUCGAUAUAGUCGGUCUCUGACGUCCUCUUUGGAUAGCUUUUCUCUGAAGUCUCUCUCUCUGUCAGACUCCCAAGCAGAUCUAUCAACUUUAGGAAAAAUGAAUGGAGCUUUGAAAUCGAGUGUUGCAGAGACCUCUCCAUUUCUCAUGGGAGAUUCCUCUUACCUCUUUAGAAAUGACAGCCCUACACCAUUCUCAGCAAAUCCUAUAAAACCGUUAGAAAUUGCUGGGAACGAAGCUCUGCCAGUUUCAAAUAAUGUACCCUUGAUAAAUACCAAUCCGCUGGAAGAAACUCAUGAAUUCAAGCAGGCGUGUCAGUUGUGUUUUACCAAAGCGGGCCUUAGUAAUCAUACCACUUUAGAUCAGAAAUGUAAGAAGGACAUACUCCUGGGGAGAAUUACAAGCUCAGCAGACAAAUCAUGGAAAAGAAUCAGACCGAGGCCCACUAAGAACCAGUAUGUGGGGCCUUUCUAUAUAUGUAAAGAUGUUGCUGCUGGAAAUGAGUGCACGUACCCCGGUCACUGCACGUUUGCGUAUUGUCAAGAAGAAAUAGAUGUAUGGACGCUAGAAAGAAAAGGGGCAUUUUGCAGAGAAAGUCUGUUUGGGGGCAAUGGAAAAGUCAGCCUAACUAUCCCCUAUUUACUUCAGGAAUACCCGGGCACAUUUAUGUUUCUCUGUGAGAAAUGUUUUGACCAUAAACCUAGAAUUAUUAGCGAAGAAAAUAAGGAGAAUUCUUUGUACUGUUUACAUCCUGUUUCAAAGCAUUAUUUUGAAGAUAACAAGUGCCUUGUUCACAGAUUGAUGGAAACAACCGUAAAAUAUUGCAAGAUCCGUCCUUUUAACAACCAUUUAGUGUUAGAUUUAUGCCGACACGAGGUUCGUUACGGAUGCUUACGAGAAGAUGACUGUUUUUACGCCCAUAGCAUGGUGGAGCUUAGAGUCUGGAUAAUGCAAAAAGAGACAGGUAUUUCUUUUGAAACCAUUGUCCUCGAGUCCAAAAUAUGUUCUAAACCAGAAUCGGCUGCAUCUCAAUCCCAAGCAAUUAUUGUCCAAAAUAACCCUGGGUAUCCAAAUAUCAAGAUAAAGUUUGUUUGUGGACAGUGUUGGAGAAAUGGUCAAGUUAUCGAGUCUGACAAAAACAAAAAAUAUUGUAGUGCAAAAGCAAGACAUCCAUGGACAAAAGAACGGCGGGUAGUAUUAGUCAUGUCCAAUGAACGUAAGAAAUGGAUAUCCAUCCGACCUUUCCCAACCAAGAAGCCAAUUCCUGUGCAUUUUGAGAUGUGUAAUCAUAUUGUAAGUGGAAAAAAAUGUCAGUAUAUCGGAAACUGCUCGUUUGCUCACAGCCCAGAAGAAAAGACUAUGUGGACCUAUAUGAAAGAAACUGGGAUUCAGGAUUUGGAGCAACUUUAUGAGAAAUUACUGAAGGACGAGCGGGUAGAGAAAGGUGAUGAGGCAUCUGCACAUGUGAACAAGCAAAUUCACCUGCCCACUGACUAUGCCGAGCCAUCUGUUGAUUUCCACUGCUGGCUCUGUGGUAAAAAUUGCAACAGUGAGCGGCAAUGGAAGGCGCACAUCUCUUCAGACAAACAUAAAGAAAAAGUAUUCCAUUGUGAAGAUGAUCAGAACAUCUGGCAACAUCGCUUCCCGACAGGGCAUUUUGCUGUGUGUGAAAGGUUCUUAUCAGGCAAAUGUUCCGAAGGAGAAAAGUGCAAAUUUGCUCAUGGAAAGGCUGAACUUAAGGAAUGGGAAGAAAGAAGACAAGUUUUGCGUCAGAAGCUCAUCAAAGCCCGCAAAGAUCUGCUCAUAAGCCCAGAUGAUAAUGACUUUGGAAAAUAUAGUUUUUUGAUUAAUGACUUAAAUUAAAGGAAUAAAUACAUUUGGGAAGAAAUACCUGGUUAUUAAAAAGGAAAACAAAUCAAAUAGAACUGAAGACCUCCUAUCCAUGUCAUAAGAGCUGGUUUUGUUCCUCUUGAUAUUAGGGGUUCUGCAAUGCUGAAUAUGGUAGAUUUGGAGGGUGCUGCUGCGGAUAAUCACGGUGUAGUUUAUAUGCUGUUGACCUGUUUAGCAGCAAUAUGUUAAUGUACAUGGGACAGAAUAUUGAGAAGUGCCUAAUAUCACCAUCUCGGACUGGAUCUGGGAUGAACUAUAGUAAAAAAAAAACAACAACCACCUUUGUCCUACAAUUAUUUCAAUUAAAAAAAAAUAAUUUCAGCAAAUAAUUAUUUUAAAUUGUGGCCCCACAAAUAAAUGGCCGUACCAGGGUUAAAACACAAUCUAAUGUAGCUAAAAUAAAAAAAAUACAUAAAUUGGCCAUUUUAAGAUUAUCUCACAAAUUAUAUCUUAAAUCAUAAUUUCUACAAAAUAAAUAUCUGGUGGAAAACUUUAUUAAUGGAAUUGAAAGAGAGAAAUAACAAAGGAGUUUGUUCAAGCUGAUUGCUGUAUGAUUAUGCUUACCGUUCCAGUGGUGAGAAAGAUAACCAUUAUAUAAUAAUGUUUUCGUGGAAUGUAAGAUUGCUUUGUUUUAGAAAUAUAUUAUUUCCUAAUAACUAGUUGACACUUUUUUCUUGUAGCUUUUAGCAAGCAUGAACCUUUUAUUGCAUUUUGUGUAAGGAUUAUUCUGCCGUAGCUUAUUUUUUUUAUUCAUAUAACUCAAAAGGAAUAUUAAUCAAAUGGUAACAGAUCAUUAUAAAACCUUUGUGUGUAUAGUAUUAUUUUUCUUUUAAGCUGUAAUUGGUUUGUGAUUUGAAAAUUUCCAAGGACCACUUUGAGCCGAGUAAAUAAAUUUUGGGUUUUAAUGGAUAAAUAAUUAUAGGUAAAUUUGCUAUAUAAGGAUUUGCACAUCAAUGCUUCUCUAGCCUGCUGAAUUGCAUGUUGUUACCCACAAUCCCUGGUUGUAGUGUUAUAUUUUUUCUGUGUUUUUAGCACCUUUUAGCUACGUGAAUGCGAGUUUGUCACGGUUACUCACCUGAAUAGUUUUGCACGUGAUUAUACGGUUUCUUAAUCUUGUAACUUCUAUGAUCUGUUUUACUGAUUUUUUUAAAAUUAUUUCUUUAUUCUGUACUCAUCAAUAAAAUUCAGUAUUUUUAACAUUGAUCGCCAUAUUUAGCCCAGUUUCUCUUAAAAGUAUCAACUAUAACAUUUAUACUAAUAUCCAAGAUUGGGAGAAGUGGUGUCAUAACAGUAAAACUAGUAUUCUUAAAUAAAUUGCCAAAUUAUGUGGAAAGAUUAGAGAUAACAAUAUAUAAUGCGCUGUGUAUAUUACUGCUCCAGGCAUGUGUUGUUUUCUCUUGAGUGAUAUGAAUAAUCUUUUUUUAAAUACUUAAUCAUCUGAAUUUGUUUAAUUGUAUUAUUGUGCUUUUGCCUAAAUAAACUAAUACAAUGCUUUAAUUACA